AUGCCAAGUCCUCAGACUCUUUUUUUUCUACUAUCUUCACUUGUGAAUUGUUCACUUGGCCUUCCUAACUUCUUGAACACGAACCAAGAUGGCAAAGGAAUAUCGUUGGGAACGGACUCUGAAGUCAAAUCAGAUUAUCAGUCUCAAUUCCACCUACCCGUCCAAGAGAAUCUCAACAAUUGUUUGAAAGAAGAGCUUAAUCCAGAACUCUGGCGCGAAAUGGACAUGGAUCAACAUCUGAGAGGAUACCCAGGAGGCUUUAAUCUCACAUUUCCUGCUUACGCAGAUGUUGUUGGGGCAACCAACUUUCAAUGCGGAAUCGGUAAUCAAUGCAACCCCUCUCAGGCGAGUAAUACUGCCUGGAAAACUGGAGUAGAAGGAAAGGACUGGUAUGCACUCGCAGCUGCCCAUCGGUGGAACACUUUCAAUAACCAGGUUUAUGAAGCAACAGCCUACAGUAUUGCAUACAUCUCUGACUUGACGCCGUCUAUGGUUGAUGACUUGAUUCCAGAAGCAUCAAUGUUCUGGACUUGUGCUGCAGUUUAUGUCGGAAUAAUGGCUGCCUGGAUCUGCGGGACACCAGCAGUAUUAUUCGGAUUUGGAGCCCUACGAAUCCUGUGGUUGAUUUUGAUGUCAUCAAUGUUUCUUGCAUCCGGAGCUGUGUGGGUGAUGGCAAACUUGGAGGUCCCUGAUCCACAUAAGUUCACAAGAUGGACUGAGAUCCUCUACCAGCUGCAAGACUUUGAGAGCCACAUGCAAUCGGCUCUGACAAAGUACAGCAGCCAGAUCAUCGAAUCCGCUAUCAGUUCUGAUGAUGGUUUGUACGGCAUAGCCAAGAAUGGUACACUUUUUACGGAUCUAGAGAUGGAACCGGAUAUUGUGAUUCAAUCAAAAAUUCAAAAAGCUUUCAUUACCAGGGGAAGUCAACCUUGCGAUGGCGAUGGACCCGCUGGAGCUCUGAGUGGCUCUGAACAGAUGUCAUACUGUGACAAUUCAGGAAUAAUGAUGAACAUUGUUUUAGUCGGUGACAAUGAUGAAGAAACCCCGCCGUACAAUGCCCCUUUGAUCAAGUCAAAAUAUGGUCUCUCUACUGAGCUCUUGACUGAAACAGCUUGGAAGUGCCAACAAAAGUUUGGUGGAUUCGAGCAUCCUUCAAUAGUUAACGUCUCUGACCCUGGAUCUCGCACAAAAUAUAGAACAAACCCUUACAAUACGGACUCUGAUUGUGUGUUUAACUUGCCUGUGUGUGAUUUUACUGACCCUGAUUGA